AUGGAGACAGCGACACAUAUUCACGACCUUCCCAACGAAGUCCUCGCUAGGAUACUAUGGCAUAGUGAGGAGUCAACACCUUGGAAGUCGGACAGUGACGCAUUAUGGUCUCGGCAUUCAUUGUACCAGAAGCCACUGUACCUUCGCUCGAUCGUUCUAGACGAAGAUCCAAUUCCUGAGGAAGAGUCGUAUCCAGUAUUGUCCCCCUCCGCGGGUCCAACCGCUGCCGAGAUCUUCCUCGUGUCGUCGGUGUGCCGUCGUUGGCGCGAUGUAGCUCACCAUGACGUCUCCACCCUGCUCGUCGAACGAAAACAUGCCAUUUCCCUCCAACAACUCUCGAAUGCCGUCGCACGCUUCCCGAAUCUCACCCAUCUCCAUCUGUGCGACGACAGCGUGGAAACCCUAGACGACUCCUUCCUCGCUCACCUCGCAUCAUCCUGUACUAAGCUCACGAUUCUCCACGUGGGACGCGGGAUCACUCAACAUCGGGACUAUGUCGGUCCGAAGCACCAGCACCCGAUCACCGAGGCUGGUCUGGAUCGCUUCUUCCAGCGAUGCACGCAGCUGGAGCAGCUUUCACUGCUCUGCCUCCAUCGGGACACUGAGCUACCCGCUUCCUUCUUCCGCCUCACGCGUCUUCACACCCUGGCUUUAACAGCCGCCUCCGCCUUAGAAGCUCCGGACCUGGAGACCCUCGGCUCGCUCACCACUCUCCAUAUCGCCUCCGCGGAGUUGAGCGAGGAGCAACUGGCCAACGUGCGUCGUCUUUCCAGCAUCACCAGCCUUUCACUCUCUCCCGCGACCUCGUUUUUUCCUGCCAGUGGUGACUCGGGCUCGGCUGCCCUCGCCAUCGCACAGCUACCGCUGAUCAAAUCGCUGGACAUCGGCAGAAUGGUGCUGUCGGAUUGGCCAUGCACGAGCCUGGAACGGCUGCGGAUAUCAGACUGCGGGGAAUUGGAGCGGCUUCCGGACGCCAUUGCGGAGUUGCUGCCGCGUCUGCGUGAGCUGACCGUUUCCAGGUGCGAGGCCUUGGAGGAGCUGCCGGAAGGUUUCUGUUCCCUGAAGCACCUCGAGACCUUGUCAGUCAUCAAGUGCGACCAAUUUCGCCGCCUGCCUGAAAACAUUGGGAGGUUGUCUGCCCUGAAGACUCUGGUUCUUGGAGAGCUGCCCGUCUCGAGCCUCCCUGACUCCAUGUGCGAGCUCGGCUCUCUAGAGACCUUCUUCCUGCUAUCCUGCAAAUCAAUCCGCGAGCUGCCAGCAGAUUUCUGCUGCCUCACGGCUCUCACGACUCUCUGCCUGGGGUACGUGGCGCUUCCAGCGGACAUGGGACGCCUGAGUAACCUCCACACGCUGCUUGUGAGAGACAUCCUCGGACAUAAGCAUCUCCCAUGCUCGUUAUCCGAGGUCGCAUCGCUCACGAGGCUUGAGCUGCACCUGUGCGGAGUGGAGGAGCUGCCAGAGGGCGUGGGUGAUCUCAGCAGCCUGCGCGAGCUGCACGUCUCAUGGUGCCCUCAGCUCACGGCUCUUCCAGCGUCCGUGACGGACCUGACUGCCCUGGAAGCUCUCUCUCUCGCUGACUGCGAAAAUCUGGCCUCGGUGCCCACAAGGCUGGACGGCCUGACACGGUUCAAGCGGCUGGAGGUGGCCCGAUGUGACAGGCUGACACAGCCUCCUCUAGUCCUGCCGGCUUCGGUUGAAUGGCUUAGUUGGGGAAAUUACAGUCAAGCGAUGGCUCUGCCAGAGGUCUCCCGGCUGACGGGGCUUGGAACGCUCCGCCUGGACGUAGUUGCGGUGGCGUGUGGGGUCGCUGUGAGCAGGAGCCUGUCGCAUGUGGAGCAUUUACGGCUGUCAUUGGGAGGCGAUGCGGAGGAGCUUCCAUUCGCCUUGACGUUCCUCUCCCGCCUGCGCACGCUGAUCAUUGACUGCGCGUGGAGUCUCCAAAGGCUGCCGGCCGACAUCGGGUCCGCAGUGCCGCAGCUGCGGAAGCUGCUGCUGAUAAGUGCGUACAAGUUGAGGGAGCUGCCAGCGAGUGUGAGUGCGCUGCAGAACCUGACGUCCUUGGGGGUUUUUGACACGCCCAACCUGGCUUCUCUUCCGCCUGCCAUUGGUGCCUUAUCUGGGCUGCGGGAGCUGCUGAUUGGAUCCUGCAAACAGCUUGAGCAGCUGCCCGCCUCGCUCACACAGCUUGCCCGCCUGAACCAGCUUACCAUUUUAAACUGCCCCAUUCGCUCCCUGUGUCCCACUGCUGCACAGUUCACGCGGCUCAGAUCCCUCAAUCUGUCAGGCUGUGCGCAGCUGGAGGCAUUGCCGGGGGAUUUGGAUAACGCUCGCGAUGAGGAGGAGCUGGGCGAUGGCGGUACCGAAUGGAUGCGCCGUCCUGGCAAGGAAAGUGGCGGCAUGGAAGAUGCGUACGACGAUUGGUGUCCUUCUCCGCGCCCGAUGAAUGACGCUGCUGAGUCCGACGGUGUUGAGGAGUGGAUCGCCUCGCCGCGAAACGAGGUUGCUGCAGAGCCGGCUGAAACGGUUGCAACGCAGGUCGUCGAUGCGGCCACUCCUGAGUCAUCCGACGAGGAGAAGAAGGAGAAGGCGUACCUGAAGGCGCAGAAGAGCUACAAGUCUGAUUGGCUGCCGAAGUUUGACUGGCUGAUUCUGGACAAGACGCCAGAGGGUGACCCGUGCCUGCGCUGCAGUGUCUGCAUGGAGCACGGGAAGGACAACGCGCGUUACGGUCGCAAUGGCGCUGGCGGUCGUGAUCUGCAGAUCGGGUCGAUGCGGUGGGACGAGAACAGCGCGAAGCACGAGGACGCCAUGAACAAGCAGGCAAACCUUCUGCAGAAGAUCGUGGACCAGAAGAAGAUUGAAGACUUCGCGAAUGGAGAUCCGGAAGGCUGUCGCGUCGCGGUACUCAUGCGCGCCAUGCGUUUUGUGUGCCGUACCGACACACCCAUCCACAUGUACCCACAGGUCGUGCAGCUUCUCGCAGAGGAGGGGGUCGCCAACAUUCCGCAACAAAGCUAUGGAGUGUACAUCACGCACGAAGCACUUGCUGUGAAGGAGACGGCCGAAGCCGAGCAGUUCCAAGAUUUCCGGAUGGUAGACAAGGCCAUCCGUGCAGUGGGCGAGAUCGUGGGGAGAUCCACGCCGUGGUACGAGCGGUUCAAAGAGCUCCAGAUCGUGAUCCACAGCACCAACCUCGAGCACCACGGACUGUUCGACGUGCGCUGGCUCUCCCGUGCCGAUGCGGUCAACCGGCUUGUCAAGAUUUUGGGGUCGGCAAUCGUGCUCUUUCUGGAGUACAAGCACAAGAUCGCCUCGGUUGUGAAGACCCUGAAAUUCCACUUCUGUCUGUAUUUCCUGGCAGACAUUUUGGGGGAGUUGAACUCCCUGAACCGUUUCUUCCAACGACGCAAGGUGGAGGUGACGCAAGUCACAGAGGAGGUCGACCGUGUGGUGUCCCUCAUCGAGCACCGCUACAUCGACUACGAUGGUGGUUUCGGGGCGGGUCUGAGCCCCAUCCUGUCUCCAUUCAUGGCACGUGUCAAGAAAGGGGACAAGAAGGUGAAGGUGGACGGCGUGGACGCUAGCGGCAUACCCGUCAAGCACACCUUCGAGCUCAGCGAGCUGCCGGACAAGAAGCACAAGUUCGGCGGGACGCUUGCAGAUUGCGUGAAGUUGGGCAAGGCCUUCGCCCGCGAGGUCGUGUACAACCUGAAGCACCGCAUGCGAGAUCUUCGUCGAAUGGGCGGCUUGAAGCUUUUCAGGGUGGACAAGUGGCCAGCGAAUCCGGACACGCGUGUGAGACGUUGUGCCACGUGGCUCCGCGAGAACUCUAAACUCUUCAACCACCAGCUGCCAGAUGUCGUGGACAUCUGGCGCAAGCAGAAGAAGAGGCGGCCUACAAAAUCCCCUGCACCCUUCCAACCAGCCAAUGACAAGGGCGGGCCAGAGGCCAGUUCGGACGACGAACGGGAGGAUGACGUGGCUUACGAUGAGUGA